CGCCCGGGGCCGGCGGCGGCGAGGGGGGAGAAGAUGGCGGACGUGCUCAGCGUCCUGCGACAGUACAACAUCCAGAAGAAGGAGAUUGUGGUGAAGGGAGACGAAGUGAUCUUCGGGGAGUUCUCCUGGCCCAAGAAUGUGAAGACCAACUAUGUAGUUUGGGGUACUGGAAAAGAAGGGCAGCCCAGAGAGUACUACACAUUGGAUUCCAUCUUAUUUCUGCUUAAUAAUGUGCACCUUUCUCAUCCUGUUUAUGUUCGACGUGCAGCUACUGAAAAUAUUAUUGUGGUCAGAAGACCUGACCGGAAAGACCUACUAGGAUAUCUCAACGGUGAAGCCUCAACAUCAGCAAGUAUAGACAGAAGUGCCCCCCUAGAAAUAGGUCUUCAGCGAUCCACUCAAGUCAAACGAGCUGCAGAUGAAGUUUUAGCAGAAGCUAAGAAACCACGAAUUGAGGAUGAAGAGUGUGUGCGCCUCGAUAAAGAGAGAUUGGCUGCCCGCUUGGAGGGUCAUAAGGAAGGAAUUGUACAGACUGAACAGAUUAGGUCUUUGUCUGAAGCUAUGUCAGUGGAAAAAAUUGCUGCAAUCAAAGCCAAAAUUAUGGCUAAGAAAAGAUCUACUAUCAAGACUGAUUUAGAUGAUGAUAUAACUGCCCUUAAACAGAGAAGUUUCGUAGAUGCUGAGGUAGAUGUGACCCGAGACAUUGUCAGCAGAGAGAGAGUGUGGAGGACACGAACAACUAUCUUACAGAGCACAGGAAAGAAUUUUUCCAAGAAUAUUUUUGCAAUUCUUCAGUCUGUAAAAGCUAGAGAAGAAGGGCGUGCUCCUGAACAGCGACCAGCUCCAAAUGCAGCACCUGUGGAUCCCACAUUGCGUACUAAACAGCCUAUUCCAGCUGCCUACAAUAGAUAUGACCAGGAAAGAUUCAAAGGAAAAGAAGAGACGGAAGGCUUUAAAAUUGAUACUAUGGGAACUUACCAUGGUAUGACACUGAAGUCUGUAACGGAAGGUGCAUCUGCCCGUAAGACUCAGACUCCUGCAGCACAACCAGUACCAAGACCAGUUUCUCAAGCAAGACCUCCCCCAAAUCAGAAGAAAGGAUCACGCACACCUAUUAUCAUAAUUCCUGCAGCUACCACCUCUUUAAUAACCAUGCUUAAUGCAAAAGACCUUCUACAGGAUCUAAAAUUCGUCCCAUCAGAUGAAAAGAAGAAACAAGGCUGUCAGCGAGAAAAUGAAACUCUGAUACAGAGAAGGAAAGAUCAGAUGCAGCCAGGAGGCACUGCAAUUAGUGUUACUGUGCCUUACAGAGUAGUAGACCAACCCCUUAAACUUAUGCCUCAAGACUGGGACAGAGUUGUAGCAGUUUUUGUGCAGGGUCCUGCUUGGCAGUUCAAAGGGUGGCCAUGGCUUUUGCCUGAUGGAUCACCAGUUGACAUAUUUGCUAAAAUUAAAGCCUUCCAUCUGAAGUAUGAUGAAGUUCGUCUAGAUCCAAAUGUUCAGAAAUGGGAUGUAACAGUAUUAGAACUCAGCUAUCACAAACGUCAUUUGGAUAGACCAGUUUUCUUGCGGUUCUGGGAAACAUUGGAUAGGUACAUGGUAAAGCAUAAAUCCCACUUGAGAUUCUGAAUGAUUUGGUUCCUUUAUUUCUGAAAGUCAGAAGAAGCAUGGAUAUACCUUGAUCUAAAGACUGAGAUUCAAGCUUUAUGAAUUUAUCAAGAACUUAACAAAUGAAGAAGGUUGCAAAUCAGUCUUUUAUAAGACCUUAUUUGAUGCUUUGUGCUUCAAAGGGAUGAUGCCUGUCAUCAUAUAAGCAAACUUUGGCUUAUAACUAUUUUUUUAAUAUUAGCCUUCUAGUCUGUAAUGGAAAUUGUAUAUUUUGAUAGAAGUUUUUUCUCUAUUGGUUAAAUUAGCAUUACUUAAAAUUUGUUUCUUUAGAAAUAAAUACAGGUUAUAAAUGUGUGUAUAUUUAGAGGUUAUAAGGCUUUCUAAGCCAUCUUUGCUUCUGAUUUUUCACUGCUCUAUAAUUACUUUUACUGAAAAUACUGUGUUAUGAGUGAUAUUAAAUUUUAGAUGCUGGAACUUCAAAAACCAUGCAAAGGGAUGUGACUAUUUUGAAUGAAUCAAAUUCUUAAUGUGUAUGUAUGUCCAAACUUUUUAUUUAAAAAGAAGUAAUGAAAAACCAAGAACAGUUUUUCGGCUUUGGUUGAACUUUUCAAAACUUCUUUACUUUUAAGCGAAUACAAUUAAUGAAUGUGCAUUCUUCUCAUUGACUUUGAUGAUUUUAAAUCUUAAAAUGAUCUGUUUCUAUGGGGGAUAUCUUUCCACUUGAAAAAUCUCAAAACAGAUUAAAAACAUAAUAGGCUGUAGUAAUUUUUAUUUUGAUAUCUGGAAUAUGAUUUGGGAGAAAUGUAUUAGCCCUAUUAGAGUAUAACUUUUAACUUCUUUAUCUUUUCUCGUAAGUCCUCCUUUAAUUCUUUUAUGAUAUAGGAUUUUGAGUCUUGUGUUUCUAGGUAUGUAUGUUUUUUACUUCUUAUCUUCCAUUAUCCCUAAAUAUUGGUAAAUUCCCAGGCACCAAAGAACACAUUUGCUUAAGUGUCUGAACA